UCCUUAUCUGCUGCAUUACAGGAUGUUUUUUUUUUUUUUGGGGGGGGGGUGCUGCUAACAUAAUAACUUUGCAUGGACAUGCAUUACAUCAAGUUACUGUACCCUGCUCCAGACAGUUAAGGGAUAUUCAGAGAUGUGUAUAUUAACGGAUAUCCAUUCCCAAAUACUGUAUUGAAGUCAUGCUUGACAUCCCUUAUCUGGGAUUUACCACACUUAACGUGCAUAGGAGAAACAUGUUAUUGUCUGGAGCACUGUACUUGCAUUGUUCAUCAUAGUGAGAUAGAUAUAUAUAGUUAGUGAAGUUGUCUUUCAGUGAGUUAAGUAUUUAUUUAUUUUUGUUACAGUUAAGAUACCUCUAAGCUAAUGAAGGCUAUAUUGAUAUAACUGGCGUGCCAACAAUGAUGUCAAGUCCUUAAAAGUGAAUGGGGUUCUGUUUUGAGGAGGGCGGUUUUAGCAAUGCAGUUCUCCUGUGCUGGUUACACUGGAAAUGAGACAGUAAUACCAGUCUGCCUGGAGGUCAUUAGGAUGUGGAUUCAGAAACACAUUCAGUGCCUAAGCGUCGAGGCGCGCAUGCGUGGGGAGUGUUCCAUUCAUGCGCUGUUUGAGGCACCGAAAAAUCAGGGAGCAGGCGCAGUAUCACACCGGCAGCGGCCUGGAUAGAAAUACAUAGCAAUUAUACAGAAAACACAGACAACAUGACGAGCUCAGGAAAGGAGAAUCUGCGGCUGAAACGCUACAAGAAUAAAUCUCUGAACACGGAUGAGAUGAGGAGGAGGAGGGAAGAGGAAGGACUGCAGCUGCGGAAACAGAAGAGAGAGGAGCAGUUAUUUAAGAGGCGUAAUGUAGCAACAGCAGAAGAGUCUGGGGCAGAGGUGGAGGGGAUGUCGGACAGCGGCUUCCUCGAGUCUCAAGUCAAUAACAUGGACAUGAUCUCAACAGGUGUCAUAACAGCAGACAUGACACAGAUGAUCUUUUCAGAAACUCCAGAGCAGCAGUUAGCCGGCACCCAGAAAUUUAGAAAACUGCUUUCAAAAGGUGAGGACGCACCUGCUCUCCCAUCACAGCCUUGCCCUCCUAUUAAUGAGGUAAUUGCAACCCCAGGUGUGGUUGAGAGGUUCGUGGAGUUUCUCAAACGGAGAGAAAACUGUACCCUUCAGUUUGAAGCAGCAUGGGUGCUGACAAACAUUGCAUCAGGAACCUCCCACCAAACCAGGGUUGUGAUCCAAGCAGGGGCCGUGCCAGUUUUCAUAGAGUUACUCAGCUCAGAGUUCGAGGAUGUGCAAGAGCAGGCAGUGUGGGCGCUUGGAAACAUAGCUGGAGACAGCACUGUGUGCCGGGACUAUGUGCUAGACUGCAACAUUCUGCCCCCUCUGCUCCAGUUGCUCUCUAAGCAGAACCGGCUAGCAAUGAUGAGGAAUGCAGUGUGGGCCCUUUCCAAUCUGUGCAGAGGGAAGAAUCCUCCCCCAGACUUUGCCAAGGUGUCCCCCAGUCUCAGUGUGCUGUCCUGGCUGCUGUUUAUCAAUGAUGUAGACGUCCUUGCGGAUGCCUGCUGGGCCUUGUCAUACCUGUCAGACGGACCCAAUGACAAGAUUCAGGCUGUCAUUGAUGCUGGGCUCUGCAGGAGAUUAGUAGAACUUUUAAUGCACAGUGACUACAAGGUGGUUUCUCCAUCUCUCCGAGCAGUGGGUAACAUUGUGACAGGAGAUGAUGUACAGACACAGGUUGUUCUAAAUUGCUCAGUUCUACAGAGUUUAUUGCACUUACUUAGUAGCCCUAAAGAGUCCAUUAAGAAAGAAGCCUGCUGGACAAUAUCAAACAUCACUGCUGGUAACAGGGCGCAGAUCCAGACUGUAAUAGAUGCCAACAUAUUCCCAGCAUUGAUAAACAUUCUACAAGUAGCAGAAUUCAGAACAAGGAAGGAAGCAGCAUGGGCUAUUACAAACACAACAUCUGGAGGCUCGGCAGAACAGAUAAGGUACCUGGUUGAGCUGGGCUGUAUAAAACCCCUGUGUGACCUGCUCACUGUCAUGGACUCGAAGAUCGUGCAGCUGGCUCUCAACGGCCUGGAGAACAUCCUGCGGCUUGGGGAGCAGGAGGCCAAAAGGAGUGGCAGUGGUGUUAACCCUUACUGCGCCCUCAUAGAGGAGGCAUACGGUCUGGAUAAGAUCGAGUUCCUGCAGGGCCACGAGAACCUGGAGAUCUACCAGAAGGCCUUCGACUUGAUCGAGCAUUACUUCAGCUCGGAGGAUGAGGACACGAGCAUCGCCCCGCAAGUGGACCUCGACCAGCAGCAGUACAUCUUCCAGCAGUGUGAGGCCCCCAUGGAAGGCUUCCAGCUAUAAGCAUGCAGCCUGAGCACUGCAUGAAAACCAGAGGAGAUGAGAAGACGAUGUACAAAAGUGACUUGUGCUCCCCCAGGGAACCCCAGCCCACUGUCCUGGAGAAAUUAUUUAAUAAUAAAUAAUAAUGAUAAUGAUUAUAGGAACACGUGCCACCGAUUGCCUCAAAUGACAAGAAUUCUUUGCCUCUCAUUCCCAAACACUGAACAACAAAAUUCAUUUUUACUCAAUAUGUGUACUGAAUUUGGAUGUGAAAUGGACAUUUUUCAGAAAGACAAGCAAUUCUUUAAUAUCCAUUCCUUGUCUGUUACCGGCACUAGCUGCAUUAACAUUGAUCUCCCUUUUCUUGCACUAAACAUCCCUUGAGUUAUUUUACUAGAUAAAUACAAAACAAUAUAUUGAGUCAGACCAUGGAAACAAACAAAGGACCAAAAGAUCUUCAGCACACCAUGGGGAAUGGUGAUAAUGCUGCUGUGCUGACAAAGCCUUGAUUAUCACUGUGUCAACUGACAAUUGGAUUGACCUACUUUUUGAAAAAAAUGACUGAUCUUUUUUGUGGAGCUGGUUCUGUUCAAUAUGGAUUCAAAAUAUAUCAAUGGCCCCCUUUUUUACAUUGUUUUAUUACCAGGGACUCAUGAGCAAAUACAAAGUAUACAGGAAGCCCAAAAUCCACUAUCGCAUCUUAAAUGUUCUUCAGACUGGGAUCAAUAGAACGAUUUAUGUUCUUAUUGCUGUGUCUUUCAAGAUGGGGUCACUGAAGACAAGGAUUGAAAGACUGUCAGGAAGAAGGCCUUCAUAUUUUUGUGUCGUCUAUUAUGAACACAUGGGUUAUAGUGGUCACAUUGACAUCAUUAACAGUGCUGUGUAUCAUCGUGCCUAUUCUGGGACAUCACUGCUACUGUCCUGAUUUUACAUGAAAAAAGGGCCAGGAUCGAUGUUUGCCUGCUAGGUUUCCGAGACCCGUAACCAUUCCUCUGUCAGUCAAAGCAUCAGCGUCCAGCGUUGCAUUCUUUGACGCGAUGCGCUUGGUGUAAAAAGACGUGAAGCCUCGUUUCCACAGUAAAACCCCCAUAAUCACAGCCUUUGCUAUUCAGUCUUGAGCCUCAUUGCUUAGCUGACUGUAUAAAGUGAAAUAUGUAAAGGAGUAUAAUAGGCAGCGCUGCUUGCUUCCCACUGAUCUCUUCCUAUUGAAGCGAGCCCAGUAACCUGUAGAGUCACUUCAUGUCUAGUUAAAUGGCAUCUUGUUGAACUUAAUUUGAAAGAUUGUAUCUCAUGGUCAUUAGAUUUAGUCCUCCCUAUUUUUUUUAAAUGAACACUAAGGAAAAUAGAACAAUAAUAAAUUGAAGUUGCUGGAUCCAUAAACAAGACCAGUUGAAAUGUUGCAGUUGGCACAAAAGAAUAUUUUGGAUUUCACAUUGAAAUUUUGAGAAGGCUUUUCAUUUGGUACAGGGUUCUAUCUGUAUAUUGCCAAAUCAUUUUAGAUUUUACAUUACAUGUCUGGAGUUUUUUUUUUUUUUUUUCAAAGGAAUGUUAAUGUGGGCUGCCUUACCUAUACACGGCAUAGUUGUCUUAUAAUUGCUAAGCCUUGGUCAUAAGGAUUACCAUAAAAACAGAUGGGUUUUUGUUGAAGACAUUGGGAGAAUUCACAAAACCUUUUUUUUUUUU